AUGUCUGAGAAACCCAAGAAGCACAUCUACGAGCAGCCCGAGCUGUGUGAUCAUAUCCUUAGUCGCGUGGAUAGGUCCAGUGUGCCUCUUCGCAUCAACGCGUCGUCAAUCCCCCAUGCUCGCAAUGGCCUGUUUGUCGUUAAUGAUGUGAAAGCUGGCCACGAGAUUUUUCGUUCUCAGCCUCUUCUGGUCGUCAGCGAGGGAAACAACAAUGAUGUCUGCGACCACUGCUUCCUCAACAAGAACUCCUCUGUCCACCCUGACGGCCAUUUCUUCCAAGGAGAUGAAGGCAGGGAGAGUAUCAAGAUCUUGUCCUGCACAGGUUGCAGGGUGGUUGAGUACUGCUCCAAGGAGUGUCAAAGGACGGCUUGGAAGUCUUAUCACAAGCUCGAGUGCCCAGUGCUGAGGCAGAUUAAAGAGUUCAACAAGAACAUGGGUGCCCUUCCCCGAGCCCUCUGCCGUUUAAUUUUGUGGAUCGAGAACAAAGCCAUGUCCAGAUCCAAUUACAAGGCGAUCGUCAAUUUGGAAACCCACUACAAGGAACAUAACGAUGAUUGGUACGAGAAGAAUGACGAGGGCAUCCCCCCAACCUUCAUGGUUGCGAGCAAUGUUAGGCAGGCGACCACGCCUGAUGACCGCAGUCACGUUGAGCCUGGUCUGUACUUGGACACGCGCCGUUGCCAGGAACUGUACUGCAUGUUGAUGGCAAAUGCCGGUGCCAUCUGCCCUCCCGAGGGCGAGAUCCAAUACGGAAGCUUCCUCGACUUGGUUGUGUCUAUGAUCAACCAUUCCUGCGACGCCAAUGCUCAUGUCUUUUUCGAAGGACGAGAGCUUCGCUGCCGGGCCUUGAGAGAUAUUCCAGCUGGCUCAGAGAUCACCGUCAACUAUUACCCAACACCCCGCCUCGAUGUUCUCCUCCGGCGCUCGACACUUAAGCAGUACAUGUUUAUUACUUGCAACUGUCACAAGUGCAAAGACGAGAUGGCGGAGCAUGUAGCUGCUGCUGUCGACCGCCAGGAUCAUCUCGCAAAGUUCAAACAGGGCCAAUUGGAUCUCCUGAAGCUCGGAGAGGACGCCGAGAGGGCAUUUUCCAGAUCGCAUACUGUGAAGUCCUGCAUCAGCUUCCAAGACCAGAUCGGCAACAUCAUCGAGAAGAGCUUCCCUGGUGGCCACUGGCCCCACCACAUCGAACCUCUGCCAUCUAUUUACCGCACCCUGGGUUCCAUGUACCGUGAUAUGCACUACGUCGUUGGCCUCGAGUUCGUGCUCAAGGGCACCAUCUAUGUGCGCGACCACUCCGGCCCCGGCUGGACCAACGACGUUGUCAAUUUGGUCAAAUUCAUGUUCUUCGUCGCACAGGCGGCCGACAACGAGAUGAAGUGGGUCGGUGCGGUCAAGAACUCGGAGCUCCUGGAGCGGUCCACGAUGCGCGACGUGGCGCGUGCCUAUCUUAGUAUCGCCUGCCUGGACGGCAAACACACGUUCGGUAUGGAGUCUAAAUUCGUCCGCGCGCUGUACAAGUGGGCGGGCGAUUCCAUCGACUACCCUGGCGACCUGGGCAUACACACUGAGGGGUUCAGAGAACGCUUCAAGGAUUCGCAGGAGAGACUGCUGACCUGGGCUGGAAUGAAGGCUGAAUGUGGCCUGCGUCUGCCAUCAAACGAGCAGAUUGCUGAGUUGAGGCAGGAUAUCGCAGAAAUCUGA